CAUACACAGUGUAUUCAGAAUCUUUAAUUUUGUCAAAAUCCUCAAACCCAACUGAAAAAAUCAAUGUUGGAGACUCAGAAAAUGGUACCAUUGCUGAAUCCUUGGGCUUUUCAUCUCCAAAAACUUGGUCUUGAGCUCAAAUGCCCCCUUUGUCUGAACUUGCUAGAUAAGCCCAUUUUGCUUCCCUGCAACCACAUAUUCUGCAAAUUCUGCAUCCCAAAGUCAAACCAAUUUGGAUCAGAGUGCCCUGCGUGUCAAAAUCAUUAUACUGAUCGAGAAAGGAGGCCUACUCCAUUUAUGGAGAAUAUUGUAGCCGUUUACAGAAGCUUGGAUGCUACUUUCAAUGCAACUAUUUCCCCGCUCUUUUCUUCUGAUGCUGGAAAAUCAGGAAAUUCCCCAGUUUCAGUAUUAACUUCAGACAUAAAUUUGAGAAGGAAGCCCAACGAAGCUGCACAUCGAGAAGGAAAUAAGAAGUCCAAUGCUUCAUUUAUCAACUGUGUUCUUAAUGGAACUGAUUCAUCUGAGAGAACUGACAAAAGCGUGCAAUUAAGUGAUGGUAGCAAUGGAGAAUUUGAGAAGCAAGGUGGAUGUGACAUGCUUUUCAAAGUUGGCAAUCAGGUAUCUCCAUUGCAGUCUACUGAUUGGAAUGACAAAAUGAACAGUGUUGAAGAACUAGAUGUGAAUCAGGUUUUGGAAUUUUCACCUGGUGGCUCUCCUUCCUUUAGUGAUGCCAAAGAUGCAGAUGUUUGCACUGAUGAUAUAGGUAGUAGAAAUGGGGAAUCAUUCCUGACAAGGGAAGCCAAGAGACAAAAGAAGCUAAGUUAUGGUCUGUCAGGGGAAGUUUUACGAAGAACUGGAUACAGUCAGAUUAUUCCUCAUAAUUUAGCAGUUUCUGACUGUAACGAGGAACCUAAGUUUAAGGAAAAUAGUACUGUCAUUCCACCACCUGCAAUCUUUGAUGCAUCAGAUGUGAAUGGAAACGUUUGUGCCUUCUGCCUUUCUUCCAAGAUCACAGAUGGUACAGGACCAAUGCUUCACUAUGCAGAUGGAAAGGAGGUAACAGGAAGCCUAAUUACUGUUUCCAGGGCCAUCCCUGUUCACAGUAAAUGCAUAGAAUGGUCCCCUCAGGUAUAUUAUGCAGGAGAAACUAUUAAGAAUUUGGAGCCUGAACUGGCAAGAGCUGCUAAGCUGAAGUGCAGCAGAUGUGGGCUGAAGGGAGCAGCUCUUGGCUGCUUUGCUAAGUCCUGCAGGCGAAGUUAUCAUGUGCCUUGUGCAGUAGAAAUCCCAGGCUGCAGAUGGGAUUGUGAUGACUUUCUAAUGCUAUGUCCAGUUCACAAAUCUACUAAAUUUCCAAGUGAGAAGUCCCAUUCUAAAAAGCAGAAGCAUGGUGAACAUUAUUCAGCGUCCGCUCGAAUAUCUUCUGUUAAGUUGAACUUUUGGGCAACCUCUCCUAAUGGGCCAAAGGAAUUGGUUUUUUGUGGGUCUUCCCUGUCUUCCAAAGAGAAGCAUUUGCUGUUCAAAUUUGCUACCUUGUGUGGUGGAACUGUGUCCAAGUCCUGGAGCCCAGAUGUUACCCACGUCAUUGCAGCCACAGAUGAGAAGGGUGCAUUCAGUAGAACUUUAAAAGUUCUCAUGGCAAUUUUGAAUGGAAGAUGGAUCCUUACAAUUGAUUGGUUAAAAGCUUGCAUGGAAGCAAAUCGUCCUGUUAAUGAAGAACCUUAUGAAGUCAAUAUGGACAAUCAUGGUUGUUGUGAUGGCCCCAAAAAUGGCAGACUUAGGGCAUCAACUAACGCACCAAAGCUUUUUGAUGGUUUUCAGUUUUAUUUUAGCGGGGAUUUUGUGCCAGCCUACAAGAACGACCUCCUAGAAUUAGUUACAGUUGGUGGAGGUACCAUUAUUGAGAACAUGGAACAAAUGAUUGCAGAAAGACAUAAUGAGCAAGCGAUUUCUACACUUUUGGUUGUUUAUAAUCAAGAUUCCCCACAAGGAUGCCUUGCAGAAGAAGCAAGUUCGUCUUUGCUACAGAGAUUUGAAGACGCAAAUAAUUUAGCCACCAAAAUUGGUUCCCUAGUCAUUCCGCACACGUGGAUUCUAGAAACUAUAGCUGCUUGUAGGUUAUUGCCUUCUCCCUCUGAUCAGGCUGUCUAGUAGUUAAAGAUGUCAACUUACAAUGAAUGAUUCCAUCUAUUUGGAUGUUCUAUUUCGAUGUAAUCUAGAUUGUCAUGUGUUAGAAAUGCUUUCUAAUUGUGUCGAAUCAAAUGGAUUGGCUGAAAUGUUCAUUUUUCAUCUUGAAAUGUGGAAUAAUAAAAAAAAAUUUUGGAUUCA